AUGGCCGAGCAGUUGCCUGAUUCAUCUAAGGUCGCUGACGCCUCUUCUUCCCACGUUAAGUGCGAAGUCAAAACAUGGCAUCUGCUUCAAAAAGAAGAUGGCACCGAGGAAAAGACCGCUGUCGAAGGCUUCGGCCAUGUCGAACCUUCAACGGAUCACUUCGCCUUGGUCGUGACCAGAAAGAUGGACAAGAACCACAAACUUGAGUCGACCACUCUUGACAUCAACUCCCAUCACAUACUCAAAGCCUUCCGAGAUGUCAUCAAAUCACACCCGACCAUCCCUUCGGACUUCUCGUCGUCGGUGUCCAUCCCAAUCCCCUCGGAAAUGCUGUUUCACCACUGGGACGACUUGCAAAACCAUAGUUCAGACAUGAAAGACGACACUGCUCGUUCACAUCUGAAUCUCUUGUUAAGAUUCAUGGACUUUGACAUGGGCGCCGCAAGGAAAAGCUACACUACGCAAGUACGCAGCGGUGUUGUCGAAUUCGACAAUCUCGGCAUCCUCUUUCGCCCUGGCGAUCGAGUGGUCACUUACGUCAAAUCCCACCCCUGGCUUUUGAACGUCGUCAAAACCGCCUACGAGAAAAACGACAAGAGAGGUAGGUACUGCGAAAUCCAAUGUUCGUAUUCCGACUACGACGGCGAGAAAUACGGUGUUUCCAAACACAUGUUCCGUAUCUAUCAAAAGGAAGACUUUGGCUCUGAUCAUCCCUCGAAAAUUUUGGAUCUCAAAGUAUUUCCAUGGGCUUGUGCACCCGAUGAUGUUGAUCUUGAGAAAAGCCUCCGCGAACGAGGAGAACUGUUUUUAUCCAUCACUGGCGUGUUGGUACGUCAAUACGAUGGCGCUGCUCAAUACCUCAAAACCCCUCCUUUGUCCUUCUUCCACCCCGACGAAGACGAUUGGCCUCAACUCUGGAUGCCGUUUACAGAAACCGGACGCAUCAUCAUCGAUCGCAAGACCUUCGAGCAAGACCACCCCAGCGGCAUCAUUUCCAAACGCUCUUUAUCCUCUCUGGACACUGCUUUGUGUCCUCCCUUCGUGCUCGGCUUUUCCUGCGCACGCAAAGACUGGUGCCGCUACUACGUUACCAAUCUCGCUCCCGUGCCCUGGAAACCCGAUGCCUUUGACUCGUUGAUCUUACCUGCGAGUCAAUUGCGUCUGAUCCGCGCUCUGGUGACUUCGCACACCUUUCCCACGUCUGCGCGCGACGAAGAUCAGCAAAAGGGAAAAGGGUUGGUGUGUUUAUUGCAUGGUCCCCCUGGAUCUGGCAAAACGCUUACGGCUGAGUGUGCGGCUGAAACGACUCAGAAAGCACUCAUCCGCGCUUCCAUCUCCGAACUCAAUAAACACGAUUCACCCUGGUUUUUCGAACACGAGUUGACCAGAGUCUUGCGGCUAGCAACUACUUGGAAAGCGAUCGUGUUGCUUGACGAAGCAGAUGUGUUUUUGGAAGCCAGAGGUGAUGAUGCACACGAUGCAGCCAAUAGAAACGCAUUGGUCGCUGUGUUUUUGAGGCAUUUGGAAUAUUUUUCUGGGAUCUGCUUUUUGACUACUAAUCGCAUUCAAGUCUUCGAUGCGGCGAUGAAGUCACGCGUGCAUUUGGCUCUGGGGUACAAAGAACCAGAUAGUACUGCUCGCUUGCGCAUCUGGAUACAAAGCCUUGCCAUCAAGAACGUGGUUUCCCUUGAAGAUGACCAGGGGGAGCAACUUGCAGUGCAAGCAGCAGCAGAAAAGCUGUGCGAGGAGCAAUUGAAUGGAAGAGAGAUAAGCAAUGCUAUCCACACGGCUGGUACUUUGGCCAGGUAUGCAGAGGAGAAGCUGGCGAUGAAGCAUAUCGAGGAGGUUUUGGGCGUGAGGAGGGAUUUCGAGGAGACGUUGCAGAAGAUGCGGGAUCAUGCAACGAUCGUGGCAAGGGGUAAUUCGGUCGUUGGAUGA